AUGGACAAGAGGAACAUUGUUGAAGUGCUUCCUGAGAGGGUCGGGAAUGUCUCAUCGUCUUCGUACCCGUUGCAGGUUCCCGGCGAGUCUGGCGCAUGGAGCAAUGAAACCUUUGACGAGAACCUGCGCGUGGUUGUGACGCGCCUGACUACGGAGCAGUGCGAGUUUGAGAUGGUGGGAGUAGAUGCUUCCAUCGCCAACGCAAUCCGCAGGACACUCAUUGCCGAGGUUCCCACUGUUGCCAUCGAGCAUGUCUACAUCUGGAACAACACUUCCAUUAUCCAGGACGAGGUGUUGUCUCACCGUCUUGGUCUGGUCCCUCUUGCGAUCGACCCCUCACGGCUGACUUUUAAGAUGGAUGACGAGGCCAAUGACCAAAAUACGGUUGUAUUCAACCUCAAAACCGAGUGCAGGAAGAAGGCUGGCUCGAAGGAUGGCGCAGUCGAGGGCCGCUACGUCUACUCUUCUCAGCUCGAAUGGGACCCGAAAGGCGACCAAGCCGAGACCAUGGCAGAUGCGCCUCCCAAGCCCGUGAACUCUGAUAUCGUCAUUGCGAAGCUCGCCCCUGGCCAAGGCAUGGAGAUGGAGCUGCACUGUGAAAAAGGCAUCGGUAAGGACCACGCGAAGUUCUCUCCUGUGGCCACCGCUUCCUACCGCCUGCUCCCCUACAUUGAGAUCCUGAAGCUUGUGCCUGAGCCGCUGAUACCCAAACUGAUUUCGUGCUUCCCUGAAGGUGUGCUUGAGCGCGGUGGUGAAAAUGGCGUCCAAGUCGCCGAUGCACGGAAAGACACCGUAAGCCGGGAAGUGCUUCGGCACCCCGAAUUUGAGGGCAUGGUGCGGCUGGGUCGUAUCCAGGACCACUUCCUCUUCAGUGUCGAGUCGACUGGUGUCUACGAGCCCGAGGCCUUGGUGCCUGCAUCGGUCGACGUGCUUCGCAAGAAGCUUGCUCUGCUCAAGCUGGCGCUCGAGGCGCUGCCGACCGAGACUGUUCAUACAUAA